GUGGAUUAAAAUCCCUGAACCUUGUCUCUGCCUUGGUGUCUUGCGUUUGAGCUCACCUCCUUUGCGCUCCUCCACAAAUCCUGACAAGACGUAAUGAUAAUAUCUCUAAUGUGAUUGUAUUUAAACUGGAUUAGAAAUAACCUGUUUACAACUAAGCUUGUAAGUGACUUUUCCCCAAAACUGCAAGAUCAAACAAAAAAAAAUGUUUGUUUUUUUACAUUUAACUCACCAGUUGUGCCAGGAUAUGUACAGCACGGAAGGGUUUUUACUUCUUAUAAAGUAAACAUGUUUCAAUGGAUAUAGUGCUGUGGAGAAGAUGAUUUUACCAAUGUUAAGUUAAUUUAGUACAAAAGAAGCCGUCUCAGUAGCAACUUGUUUAUAACUAACUUAAAAUCUCAGUUUAAGCGACUUGUUCCCCAAAACUACAAGAUCAAUCAAAAGAAAAGCAUUUUCUUACAUUUAACUUACUUCAUUUCAGAUUUCUGAUUCCCACUCAUGCCAGGAUAUGGUAAGGGUUUUUAUUUAGGCACAAAAGAAAUUGGUUGCAUUGAUAAAGAUGACAGUGCUGUGGAGAAAAACACUUGCAAAGAUGAUUUCACCAAAGAGGUCACUUAAAAUUUUAAAACUAACUUAAGUUUACAGUAAAAACACAGGGCUUUUCUCAGGGCAGGUCACACUUAUUAACACCCCAUCUGAGCCUAACUGUGGGCGGGGCUGUCAGAUAGGAUGAGGCAUAUAAGCAAGGACCACCAGAAGCUUCAAUUACACAUCUCCUGGUUUGAAAAGUGUUCCUGUCUUCGCUGAAGAUAUCUCCUGCUUUUGUUCCAGUGGAUCUACUUUUUGACUGCUGAAGAAUGGCUUCCAAUGGUGUAUCCAAGAGACUCCAUAUGCUGUGUCCUUUCUGCCGGAAGACCCAGAGAACCAUGUCAACGCAUCUACGCAGGGUCUGCAUGAAGAACGGCUCGCAAGAAGCCAUCGAGGCAGAGAUGGAGAAGGCAAAGAGGGACGUUUGUGAACUUCUGGCAACUGGCAGGGUGUUUGAAUACGCCCUCCUUUGUCAGAUUAUGGACAGUGCUGAUCCACUCAGCAGGCUAGUUGAGGAGCUGCACCGUCGCCAUAUGGUGGUGAUUGAUGUUCCUCCAUCACUGCCCAAUGUCCGGGCAAGGCCGACCACACGGCCACCGCCCGGGAGCGCAGCUCCGGAGACUGACGAGGACGAGCAGUCCAAGAACGACUCUGUCUGCAGUGACGAAACCUUUCAACGGAACCCAGACAUGAAGUUGACCAGGCAGCUCAUGGCGGAGAGGGGCCUUUACAACAAGCACUCUCUGGAGCAUCCGUUGCUGAAGGGGUUUGCCACGUACCUGGAGAAAGACCUCUACAAUGAGAAUUUUAAACAGGAGGUUGAAAAUGUUGCUCGGUUCCUGUACUACAUGGACCCGCAGUGUCCAUCCCUGGACUUCGUCAGGAACAGGGAAAAGACAAAGGAGUACCUCCAUGAGCUCUCCGAGGCAAAACUGAAAACACAAACACAACUUAAUUACCUCAAUAGCUUGAAACGAUUCCUAACAUACCACACAGUCUACACCAACCUGAGGAAUGAGGAUGAGAAACUCCACGAGGACUGCCGACAAUUUAUUGAGUACACUGUGUCUCUGCUGAAAAGCUGCUCAGAGAAAGUGAGCAAAGAGAUCACCCAAGCGAGGCAUGCCAAGCUGACAGAGAAUUGCCAGCUGACUCCUCAUGACUGCUUGGCUGUGUUGAGGGCUGCCAAGAGGGACUUCUUGUCCGUGAUCAACAAAGUCUACCCAGACGACAGCUCCUCCCUGGAGAAGACUGAGUGCGGCCUUGUGGUGUACUACCUCGAGGCAGUGGUGCUCCUGAAACACCACCAACUACCAGGCGUGGUGGAGCACAUGACUGUACAGGAGUGGGCUGCCCGAAAGCCAGACUCCUCUGGCAACAGAAUCGUUGGCGUAAAGGAGCACAAGACAGCAGCUCAACAGUUUGCCAUGUUUGCCCUUUCACAGGAGGAGGAGUUGUGGUUUGAGAUUUACUUCACACAGGUGAGGCCACUACUCCUGGAGUCCAAGAGGGUUAAGAGGAAUGACACAGAAGGAGAAGAUCGAUUCUUCAUCUCCACCACGGGGAGGCCCAUCUACAAUGCCUCCAAUGACCUGCACCGGCUGCAAACAAAAUACAGAGUCAAGCCAGUGAGCAGCCAGUUGGCAUGCAGGGUCUUCGAGGCGGCCUCCAAGUCUCUGGUGGCUGAGCAGGCUGGUGACUCGAGUGCUGAGCCGGCAGAUGAGGGAUCCAGUCAUCCUACCCGGGGCUCUGCCGGCAAUACUCCCCACAAGCCUGUCUACAGAACAAAUGUGCACACCGAUGUCGUUGCGGCAUAUGACCACUUUCUGGGAACGCACCCGGUGACUCUGGAUGGGGACGUGCCAGAUAUGUCUCUGCGCUGUCAGUCAUCCCGCCAGUUUCACAGAAAGCUGUACGAGCGUUGGCUGAAGGCUCAAAUGAAACUGCGUGUGCAGCACGUUCUCUCAUACUUUUGCCGACGCCUCCCGACAGAACACCGGGUCCGCUCCUGGAUAGCAAAGCAGGGAUGGAAGAGCAACAUCCCCAACGCUGCCCAGAUCGUCAAAGACUGGAAGCCCUCUGGAUCUGUGGACACGAUCAUGGACUCGAGGCAGAUCCAGAAGUUCACUCAGUCACAGAAGUGGAGAGGACUUCAAGUCACUGAGACUGACAAGGGCACGGGUGUCAUUGCCACCCGCGUGUUUCAGACCGGGGAGGUUGUCUGUGACUACCAUGGGCGGGUGAUCACAGAGCAAGAGGGCAAGGACAUACAGGGCAGCCCCAGUGAGGAGGAGACCAGAAACAUGUUCUUCUACACGGACAAUAAAGGGCAGCCCAUGUGCAUCGACGCACAUUCAUCUUCCUGCGAGUGCCACCCUGAGCAGCAGACUGUUGGCAGACUCAUUAACCACUCCAAAAGGAAAGACAACCUGAGGCCCAGGCUGUACACUGUGGACAUAGACGGGGAGGAAAAAGACGUCAUUCUUUUCCUGGCAAAAAAGAACAUUCAGGUCAACGGAGAGCUGCUCUUUAAUUACGGAGCGCAGAAGUCAUCUUUCAGAGGAAAGGGCUUGGACCUCAAUUGGCGCAGGAUUUUAUUCCACCAGCAGCCUGCUCGUCACUGACAUUUGCAGACAGUAAAAAGCCCUCUGUUUGUGAAUCUUUAAUUUGUAAAUACCUUUUUUACAUAUCAAAACAAUCAAUUCCAAUCAAUUACUACUUUUUUUUUUUUUUUUUUUUUUUU